UUGGUGUAAAAACGCUCGCCAGAUUCGCCUCAGUACGCUUUGCAUUGGCAUUCUGCGCCAUUUCUGUCCUUCAUAGACAAUUUCGUGUAAUUUUAUUACAUUUGCAAAGUACAAAAUGAAUAUUAAAAUUGAUAUUAGCGUGUGCCGGGUGUGUUUGAAAAGCGGUGACGGAAAGUCGCUGUUCAGCGAUCAGGAUGCCGAUAAAUUGGGUGAUAAAUUCAAAUACGUUACGCAGACAAAGUUGAUUAAAGGUGAUGGACUGCCCGAAAGACUGUGCGUGCAAUGUGUGCGUCGGCUGAAAUUGGCUUUUGAAUUUCGGAAACAAAGUGAAUCUUCAGCGGCACAAUUGAGAAGUUUUAUCACGAAAGUAAACAAACAAUUCACUCAAGUGGCAACGGUUAGAGAAAAUGACAACGAUGAGGAGGUUGAUAUGGACGAUUAUUUGUUCGACGGUGAAUUCGGAGAACAAUCACAAGAUGAAUCGAGUGACGUGCAAACGUCGACGCCCAAGCUGAAGGAGUUGAACGUUGUGGAAAUCACGCACAAUGUGCAGAAAAUUAAAGCUGAACAUGUGGAAACGGAAACCAUCGAAGAGAUCAUAUUCGAGAACAACGAAGACGAGAUCGUCGACAGUAAUAACAGUAACGAGGAAGUCGAACAAAUGGAAGAGGUGAUCUUGGACAAUGAAGUGUAUGAAGAGGAACAUUUACUUGACGAAGUAUACCUCGAGGAGCAGGAAGAGGCGUUCGGCAGUAGUCCACCGAAGAAACGAGUGAAAAAGGAGUACAUGACGUUGCACUACUGUAAACGGUGUAACAAGGACUUCAGUACGAAAACUAAUCUACUGCGUCACAUACAAACUCACGACGGUGUAAAACCGUACGUAUGCAAAAUCUGUGGUGCUGGUUUCACGCAAAACGGAUCUCUGAAGCAGCACAUAUUCAUACACACUGGCGAGCGACCGUACACCUGCAACAUUUGUAACCGUGGCUUCACUCAAAGUAAAUCGUUGGUCUUUCACAUGAGACGACACACCGGUGAGAAACCAUUUUCCUGCAACCAAUGCGGAGACACCUUCCGUCAGAGAGAUGGCUUGAAACGGCACGAGCUGAUCAAACACAAUCCGGAUGCUGUUAUGAAGUUUUCGUGUGAAGUUUGCAAGAAGGAACUGCUGUCGCGGUACUCAUACCGAAAGCAUGUGGAAAAACACUACAGCGGCAACAAAAAGGACUUCAAAUGCGAUAGUUGCGAAAAAAAAUUCUCGAGCAAGGCGUCGCUGAAGAGUCAUAUCUGUCAGUUCAUUGACGGCGAGAAAGCAUUCAAAUGCACCGAAUGUGAUGCUGACUUCAGUACGAAAAUGCAAUUAACGGACCACAUCAAAACCCAUGAAGACAUCAAACCGAUGUCCUGUGAAAAGUGUGACUUGCUGUUCGAGGAUAAGCAGGAGUAUUGCAAUCACAUCAAAUUGCACAAUCAGCCUGUGAAGAAGUUCAAAUGCAAUCAGUGUUCGAAGGCAUUUUUAAUCAAGAGCAAUUUGCUGCAACACUUGAAGAACCACGAACGUAUACUCGAUUCGAUUCACCAAUGCGACGAUUGCGAUAUGGGUUUCGAUUCGGUGCGAGCGUUACGUCUGCAUCGGUCCAAUCAACACAACGAAAUCAUUGACAAUUUGUAUGACUGCGAGAUUUGUGAUACGAAAUUCAUCAAUUCGGCUGAUCUGAACGCUCACAUUGCGGCUGAACAUGAUGCCAUUUUGGAGAAAUGUUCUCUGUGCGACGAAGAGUUCACGUCGCAAAGACUAUUCGAACAACAUAAGGUUGAACAUAAUAUGGAAUGAUUGUAAGCAGAUCGGUGGUUGCUGGAUGAUGCUAAAAUUGGAGAUCAUGUUGUACAUAAAAGUUUGAAUUACACGAAAAUUGACGAAGUUUCA